AUGAAGGUUUGUCCUCUCAUGCCUUCUCCCCGUCAAGGGGAACAGAAUUUGCACAGGAUCUCAGGGCCGCCGGAUAUCUCCGCUCUUCCCUUUGCGGGAGACUCUUGCCGAGCCGUUCCUUCUCCACUUCGCUGCAGCCAGUCGGCUACUCCCGCAGCAGCAGCGACCGGCAAGGAGAUUGACGCUGACUGCAGCUGGAGGAACCCGCGCUCUGCAAACGCCUCGUGCGUCGACGAAGGGAAGGCGAAGAGAAGGAGAGUCGCGUCACCGCGCGCCAAAGAGGACGAAAGGGACGGCCCGACUGGGGAAGAAACAGCCAACGAGGGACGGCACGCAAAGACCGACCAGGGAAAGGCGUCUGCUGCUCAAGACCGGGUCAACCGACGCAGACACGGAAGCACCAGUCCUGCGCGGACACGAAGCGCGUCUCGUGCUUUGGCAGCGAAGAAACACGAAUCGGCUGAGGACCCGAGGUGUGCAAAGACGCACGUUGAUGGCCGGGGCCUUUCUCCACCUUCUCGAGUCCCCCGUCGCUCUCCUCACUCAGAAGAAAGGAGGCUCUCGCCUCCCAAGAGUAGAGGUCCACACGGAGCACGAGACGCUGCAUCUUCGAUCUCGGGCACGGUCGAGGGAUGUGCGCUUCCAGCUGCGGUGCGACGUCCUCCCUCUUCACCGUCUUCGCCUUCUCUCCCUCCCUGUGAUACCAUCGCCCAACCGCCCCUUUUGUCCUGCGGCGGACUGACGCUUAGCGCCGCCGCCUCUCCCCGCCUUUCUUGCUCGACGGGACCGGACGAACAAGCGAGGGCUGCGGGCCCUCGGCGAGCGCUUCGCUGCGAGCCCCGCUGCCGCCGGCCGUGUCCUUCUUCUGUGUCCCCGCCGUCUCCAUCUUCUCCCGACCCCAGUUCAAGAUCCACACGCCUACGGCAGUCGACGCAGAAAGUGUGCGCGGGCUCGCGCCUCCACAGGCGCCACGCAGGCAGCCCUGAGACUGUCACACAUCCACUGCCGGCGUCCUCGCACGCGGACGAUGCACCAAGGCGGCCGUUCGGUGCUGUGCGCCCUCAAGUGUUGUCGCGGCGCAUCUCAGCUUUGGGCACAGACUCAGAGACACCUGGCGAGCUCCCCUCUGCUGGGCGAUGUGCCCAUGAGGAGACCGGGAAUCCCACAAACAGGCCGGCGUCGGAAAGGGCGCCGGGGAAGCCUGGUGCCUCGACGCGCCCUUCCUCUGCUCCUGCGUCUCUCGGGACGGGGCCAGGACACAGUCCUGCUGGGCUGUCUUGCUCUUCAACUCCGUCCUCGCCAUGUACACAGUCGUCCUCGGACGGGUGCACAGUUGUCGUCGCACGACUCGGCACAUUCCCAGGAGAGGACGGCGACGCCUCCACGUCUUGCGCGCCGACGGACGCGGUGGCGAUGCAUGCGGCGAAGCCUGAAUCUGCACCAUCUGCCUCGGCGUGGAUCUCUCCUCGCCUGCGAGCCGCUGCGUCAUUGGCGGCGUCCCGGUCUUCCCCUUUGUCUUCCUUGGCCUCAGUCGCUCCUGCCGAGUCGCCGCGUUCAGCGGCCAAGCUCCCCGACUCUGCGCAGGCGGACGGAAAGAUACCGCCGGCCGGCGUCGGCGCUCGCACGCGCUCCUCCCGUCUCCAGCCAGCCGUCGCCUCCGGGUCCUGCAUCCGACCUCGCGACGCCAAGUCGGAUGCGACGUGGCCUUCACAGCGCCCGAGCGGGACACCGGCGACCGCCUCGGCCGCCUCUGCGGCGCAUGCGCCUUCGUCGGCUGCUGACGAAGCAGUCAAGACAAACAACGGUCGCUGGUUACGGGCUGCGUGCCGGCGCCCGUCCGUCGCCUCGGCCGCAUCCGCGCCCUCGGCGGGUUCUUCGCCCCCGCCGUGUCGUCUUCCGGAGAAGAUUUUGCGUCAAGCGCUGCUGCGCUGUGCGAUCUUCUUCUCCUCGCUCGAACUCCUCCCGUGCUGCUGCGCCCUCCCCCUCCAUCCGCUCGUGCACCCUGUCGAGGUGACGAACUUGUCGCGCCUGCGCAGCCUGAUUGAACUGAGCAGCGCCAGUGGGUGCCAGUCGCUUCCCCCGGGGAAGACGCGCAGCGAGCGAAAACGGACUUCAGCCGCGCCCUCCAAGUUUUCCGCAUCGCCCGCGUCCCGCAUGCCUCGAUCGUCUGCUGUGCCGCAGCCUUCGCGGCCUCCCCACGACCCCGCCGGGCUGGACAGAAGCUGGCCUUCUCUGCCUUUGGGUGAGGCGACGCCGCACGCGCCAUCGCAGCCGGAUGUUCACUCCCCCCCGUCUGCUCCUGUCUCUCCGUCUCUGCUCCGUUCGUGCGCAGCCUCUGACAUCUCGGCGCCUUCUCAAUCGUCUCCUGUUUCUCCGUCGCUUCUGCGUGGCUGUUCGCCGCCCGGCGCCACUUUGCUUGGAGCGGACUCUCUGCCCCUCGCAUCGUCCACUGGGUUGCCUUCUUCGUUGUGUCCCUCCCCACCCUCCCCUGCGUCGGUCGGCGUCCCGCCUUCUUCGUCUUCCUGUUCGUCUCUCUCGCGUCCUGGCCCGUCGGCGGCAUCUGCCCUGGGGCCCAGCGCUGCUGGCGCGGCUUCGCGUCCCUCGGCGGCCCCCACGGCGGAGCCGGAGGCCGAGCCUGACUGCAUGCACGCAGCAGAAGGAACCGAACAGGACGCGCGGCGCUCCUCUGCGAGAGCCACGCAUCUCCGCCGCGAACAGGCGGGAGAGACGGUCCGUAACGCAGGAGACUCAGAAGGAAAGAGAAGCAGCCUGUCCCCUGCGUCGGCGUCUCGCGCGGACGCUGGACCGGCCGUUCCGGCAGAGAAGGGGACAGCAGAGGGAGAUCCGGGAGGCAAAGGGACAGUCGAAACCGUCCCGGCCGUUGGCGGGAGUCGACCGCAGUUGCGAGAAUCGGAAAUCUCGGAGUUCCCAGGGACAGGAAAAGAAGAAGUGCAAAAUCAAGCGAAGAAUGGAGAGGCCGCAAGCGAGAGUGCGCUCACGAUCCGCCGAGAGGGGCUGCGAGGGCGUGAUGGGCGCCAAGGGACAGCGGCGGACGGUGCCCAGCGCCCGGGAGAGACGCCCAGGAGACGCGGGACGGGCUCGGACGAGGGGAGCGGGAGACAGGCGGCAGGAACGGAGAGACUGUGCGCAGGGCAAGCUCUCCUGAAAACGGAAAACGGAGGCGCACGCAGCGUGUGCGGCUCCAAACAAGGCGGAGAACGGAGCAAGCUGUCGCCUCUGACCCUGGACGAGGACGCGCCUGAGAGAGACUCGCAGGAGAAACGCGAGUCCAACCAGGAGAUCAACGGUGCGGGUCCGGGAUGUUCGCGGCCAGUCCACGAAAAGCUGGAGGACCCGAAAGCAGCGGCGGAGGCAAAGCGGAGAGUCUCCGAGACCGCGCUGAGCAGCGGAGCGCAGGCGCCGUGUGAAGGGGAACGUGUCCGUGCGUGCCCCACAAAGGACGAGACUCUUGAGGCGCGCGAAAAAGGCGAGGUGGGGGAACACACCGCGGGCUUCUUGAAAGAGGCGAAGAGUGAGGCCUCGAAGAUGGGUGGCGUCGGCUGGCCUGUUUUCCACGGCGGCGAGACGCAACGACCCGAGACGAACCUGGCUGAAACUGCCCGCUUCAGUAGGGAUGCGAACGCCGCUGAGAGGAAGAAAGAGGAGGGUUUGUCGCCGGCGGCUGAGACGCAGAGAACAAGGAACCCGGAGGCCGGGGCAAACGGCAGCACUGGCACCGAGCAGCCGAUGCCAGGCAAAACAGAGAGGAACGCGGAAUGUGCGCUGCGGUCUGUGAAGUCUGAAAAGGCGGGCACGAGCGGCGACGCGCAGCCGACCGGGAGAGCGUGUCCAGCGAGGAACGCAGCGCCACUGAGCGAACCGGCUGUUGCCUUUCCGCGCACCGAAACGGUAGCGGAGCUGGAGAAGGAGGACGGGAAGGGGCGAAGGCAGGGCGAAGCACUUGGAGACUGUCCAGCUGGCUUGACAAGAGCAACUGCGCCGCGCAGCCGUCGGCAGCGCGUUCUGACUCUGCGAUCAAAGACCCCGAAGGAGAAGCCUGAGGUGCCAGACUCGAAGCGCAGUAGGACCGGCAAACUGGAGAAAGAGACAGUCCUUUCCGCGCCGUCGAUCUCCAAUGCCAUCGACCUUUUCGACGACGGGAGCGGCGUCGGGAGGCAGCGCACGCUUCAUUGGCUGCGCCGCUGCCUGCGCAACGAGAUGAUCGCUCCGGGCGUCGAGGGCUUCUUUAUCUAUCUGAGACGCUUUUCGUCAUCUGCGGCCUCGCCGACCUCGCCGGCCGCGCCGUCUUCGUCGUCUUUCCACUUUGUGGCAGGAGCGCGACUGGAGAUGAUCCAGGACGGUGACGCUUCGCUCUCCUGGCUGUUCCUGCCUCGGGGGCUAAGCAAGGAAUCGGAAGAAGAACUGCUGCUCCCGUUCUUUGUCUACGUUAUCUGCAUCUAUCUUCUGUCGAUGCCGUAUCGCGUUCGCCAAGGCGCCGACAUCCUCAGCCCCCUGCUCCGCCCGCUCCAUGCUGCGCAGUGGCGACGGACGCUGAAACGCGGAGGCGAGGCGGAGCCCCUGGGCGCGGCCCGAAGCGUGGAGAGGAGCGGGGCGAGCGCAACCGCCGAUGCAGAGGGACGCGAAACGCCGGGGAAAAGAAGGACCGCCUCGCCGACAGAGGCUGAGCCCGCCGCGAAACCGGGCGAAUCAGAAGCCGCAAACAAGCGGCAGAGAGAGCAGACACGUCAAGAAGAAACCCUAGGAGAGCACGGAGGGAAAGGCUCGAGGGAGGACGAAGCGGCGGCGCGGAACGCGUUUCUCGCUUCGCUUCCUGAGGGGACAUGUCUCCCGCUUGCCGUGUACGAAACCAUUGAGGAGCAGGAUGCAGCUCUGGCGAGUCGCGAGGCUCGGAUGGCGCCCCGCCUCAACAGAGAGGGAAGCAGUGUCCCUCCCAGAGACAGUGCCCCCGUCGCCAGUCGCACGGAUUCUCCGUUUCUGUCUUCUUCCCCUGCUACCUUGGCUCUUUCUCUUCCCUCUGCCUCGCGCGCGGCUCACCUGGGGCACGAUAGGGCCCUGCCGUCCCCUGUCUCCGCUUCUGUCUCUUCCUCAGCGUCUCGCUUCUGCACUGCCGGGUCCCUCCCCCCCUCGCCGACUUUGCCUCCCGGCCCUGCGCCUCUGGCGCCCGCGUGCGCGCCGCACGAGCAAGACGUCUCCGCCGCUGCGCGCUCGGUUGUUCCGGAGGUUCGCCCGCCGAAUCUCUACUGCCGCCUGAUGAUUGAUUGCGGAGACUUGCUGCUCUGUCCCCGUCCCCUUCUGCGUCUGCUUCUUGACAAAAUGCCCUUUGCUCGUGGGGCACACCCGCACCGCGAGCCGGACAAUUCCGAGCCGCCGGAAGUCGUUCGCGCGCAGCAGGAGGUGGCCCUGUACGCAUGCAAUCUGUUGCCUGCGCGGGCGGUAACGCGGCGAAUCCGCGACCUCCGCGUGGCGGCGGCGGCGCUGUGUAUCAACAUCAAAAAGGCGAAGUGCGUCGGAAGAAGGCCGAAACGGUUGCCUUCCUCUUCCGCUUCGCGAGCACGAAAGAGCAGGGGAUCGAGAGGCGGAGGAACCCGCCGGAAGGGGUACCUGCGGGCGGGGGAAAGCGAAGACGACGAGGACGCAAACGUCGUCGAGGAAACCGCGCAGGUUCUGUCGGCCUCAGUGCGCGACGGGGGCGUCUUUCACAGUGACGUUGUCGCAUGCCAGCAGUGCUGCUGCCAAAUGCAACAGGCUUGGCCGCUACGGUUCUUCAUCUUCCACGCCUUAGAACUCGUUCUGAACAUCCUCCCGCAGCUGCUCGCGCCGUUGCCCGCCAACCACAACGCACCUCAUUCGGCACCCCGCACUGCUUCAACGCCCUCGUCCCCGUCAGCUGCUGAGCCGUUUGCUUCCGCCUUCGCGUCCUAUGCUUCGGCUUCCACCUGGCCGUCGUCUGCGCCUUCUUCCGCGCCUUCUUCCUCGCCUUCGUCCGCAUCUUCUGCCUGUCUUCACCUGCCUUUCUAUCCGUCGCACCGUCUCCAAGAGGAGCUAAACCGUCUCCUAGGGUCGCGAAGGACGGGAUUACAGUCUCCCUUCCCUUCUUCAGGAGGGCUGCGCAGAGGCAAAGACACAGGGAAGCCAGAUGGAACGCAAGUGGAGACGUGCGGGGCUUCGACAGGCCGUGCGCACUCCUAUUCUGCGCACCAUCAACUGCAGCAACAGUUGAACGAAAGGCUGUGGGCGGGUGCAAAAGUCGAGACAUUUGCCUCACCCUUUUUUGACUAG